GUCCACGCCGCCACCCGCUCUCCAAAUCCUCACUGCCGAGAGUUCCUCUUCUCCGCUGGGGCCGCUCUAGGGUUAGGGUUUUGGCUCGCUCGCUCGGGGGUCGCCGGAGAUGUCGCGGACGCUGGUGCAGCCGGUGGGGCAGAAGCGCCUCACGAACGUGGCGGUGGUGCGGCUGCGCAAGCACGGCCAGCGCUUCGAGAUCGCCUGCUUCCCCAACAAGGUGCUCUCGUGGCGCUCCCGCGUCGAGAAGGACCUGGAUGAGGUGCUCCAGUCCCACACCGUCUACUCCAACGUCUCCAAGGGCGUCCUCGCCAGGUCCAAGGACCUCGUCAAGGCGUUCGGCACCGACGACCAGACACAAAUCUGUAUCGAGAUUCUGGAGAAAGGGGAGCUCCAGGUCUCCGGUAAGGAGAGGGAGGCGCAGCUGUCCAGCCAGUUCCGCGACAUCGCCACCAUUGUCAUGGAGAAGACCAUCAACCCGGAGACCCGCCGCCCGUACACCAUCACCAUGAUCGAGCGCCUCAUGCACGACAUACACUUUGCGGUGGAUCCAAACCUCACCUCCAAGGAACAGGCACUGAAGGUUAUCAAAAAGCUCAUAGAGCACUUUCCCAUAAAGCGUGCACCACUGAGGGUGCGGUUCACUGCACCAAAGCCCAAAUUUGCGGGCCUUAUGGAGAAGGUCGAUGAAUGGAAUGCUAAUGUCAUUUCAAAGGAUGAAUCUGGCAAUCAGCCUUCUAUUGUAUGUGAGAUUGAGCCAUCUAUUUUGCACUCAUGUGAGGAGCGACUGAAGGAUGUGCAAGGGAAGGUGGAAGUGCUAUCUGUCUCAGCGCAUGCGGACGGUGGCUCUUCUGUGGACCAACAUGACAAUGUCGAAGUGCCACAAACAGUGCCUGCAAAGGAAUCUGAUGCUGUUGCUCAGAUAAGUGAGACAAUGCAGAAACAGAGCAUAUCCAGUGAAAGCGAGGGCAAUGCGCAAGGCAGGCAGCAGAGAAGAUGCAAAGAAUGUGAUGUACUUGUGGAAGACAAGCUAUACAGGGAUCACUGCAAGAGUGGGUGGCACAAGCACAACUACACACGCCAUAAGAAUGGGCUCCCUCCCCUCAGCCAAGAGGAGUGCUUGGUGGAAAUGGAAUUGGCCGACUCCAAGAAGGACCUUAAAGACUAUGAUUUCUGAUGAGGUUGGUUGCCGAGAAGUGCGCAGGACAUGAAGUUGCUGCAGUCUUUUUGUUUCGAGGAUACAUAUGGUCAUUUGCUGAUGCUGUAUAGUGAAGUGGAGAGCCGAGUUUUGCGAGACGCUAGCAAGUUGUUAAAAUGGAAUGGUUUAAGCCACAUCUUCUAACUGCAAUAGAGUUUGGGAUGUAGAACCUGGGUGUCUUGAUGGCUUUGUAUAGUAAGCCGAGUAAACUUGGUGGUGGCACUUCGGGUGCUCAUUGAACGUUGUGUGAUGGAACGCAAUGCGAAUUUAAAAGUUUGCUUAUGUUUGAACAAGUUAAUGCUACUUAUUUAGACCC